UGGGAGUCUCUCUGCAGCAUCAGUGCAUGAAAGAGUGAAUGACAUGAGUGGAGUUUGUUCUGCUGCUACUUCCUGAAUGUUUGCAGUUCAGAGCUGACUGCUUUCAUCAGGAAACAGUGAAGUCUGCUCAGUUAGUUUGAUCUCUAAAGAUGUCCACACAAACUGAAGCUGCAGCAGAUUGGAGAGGGAAAUUUAGCAGAAAUCUUCAUCCAGAUGGAAGAGAACAAAGUGAGGUGGAGAUGUUAGAUGAUGAAGAGCAGCACUCUGAUCAUGGAUUACAACAAACUGAAAAUCAGAAGCAGAAGAAUCUUCAAGCUGAGAGAAGAAACUGUUUCAGAGUUUUCAAGUUUUCUCUGGGAGUUUUCUGUUUUCUGAUUCUGGCUGGACUCAUGACUCGCAAUCUUAUGGUGUCUUUGGAAAACAACAGACUGAAAAACAGAAACAAUCAUCUGCAGACUGAACUUUCAGAAUUGAUGUCAUCUUUCUCAGCCAACAACAGUCGUUUUCAGGAUGAACUGAAGCAGCUGAAAGAUGAAAAUGAAGAAUUGAUGUCAACUUUCUCAGCCAACAACAGUCGUUUACUGGAUGAACUGAAGCAGCUGAAAGAUGAAAAUGAAGGCAUCAACAAAACUCUUUGGGAUGAAAUAAAACAGCUGAAAAAUCAGAUUGAAGAGAAACGGUGUCCUGAAGGAUGGAAGAGAUUUGGAAACAGCUGCUACUAUAAAUCCACUGAGGAGAAAACUUGGAUUGACAGCAGGAGUUUCUGUCAGUUUGUAGGAUCUGAUCUGGUGGUGGUAAACAGCAAAGAGGAACAGGAGUUUGUUUCUGCAUUGAAUCAGAAUGCAGAAUCCUGGAUCGGUCUGUUUGCUGAAAGGUCAUCAGAUAAAUCUGAAUGGAAAUGGGUGGAUGGAUCACCACUGACAGAAACGUUCUGGGAUGAGAUGUUUUCAAAAGAUCCGUACGACUACUACUAUGCAGUGUUCUUAAGUGCUGACGGGAAAUGGACAGAAAAGGACAAAACAUACACCAAAAACUGGAUCUGUGAGAAAUAAAAUUCUGAAUCUUU